GCACCUGGAAGGCAGAGUGCAGCCAAUGGAACGGGGACUGGGGGGCUUCGUGGAGAGCUUCAGCGGCCGCUGGAUGUGUUCGUGUGGAGACCAGACCGAGUUGUGGCACUAACAAACGCCGGUCUGACCGAAAGCUGCCACGACACGAACUUGGAGAACUUGUCGAGACGCCAUCUCCCACGCUUUGCUUUUAUUUUGCCCGUCUCUCUCGUCCAGGGAUGAAUUCGGGGCUUAUUCCGAGCAGGAGGGGGAUGAUGUCAAUAUUCCGUCUCGCUCACUUGACAGCCGGGCGAAUUCGAUUGGACUGACUCCGCCUCGCUCGUGCGGGACUUGUCCGUGGGCUUUUUUCGUAGUGCCGCGCGCCCGUCUGCGUGCCUGGUGCUCUCUGACAGAGUGAGCUCUCUCCACAGACCGCCCCCCCCCCCAUCUCUCUCUCCUCCUUCCUCUCCAGUCACUCACCCGCAUCACCAGUGAGGAGCAGUCUGACGCACAGGACCAGCAGCGAGCCAGGACUCUUCCCCGGGAGUGCGUGGCCGCCGAGCAACAUGUUCCCAGCGUGGAGACGGGGAUCGCGCACCGGGAGGUCGACGAUGGCACAGCGGACCGUGGUUACGCUCGGUCGGACUGGACAGCUCGGGCGAAUGUCGGCGUCCUGUUGGAUGCUGCUGUCGGCGACUUGCAUCCUUAGCGCACAGGCUCAAGACGAUGUCCCACCUUACUUCAAGAUGGACCCUCCUCAGACCCAGGUUCACCUGGAGGGCAACCGCCUCGUCCUAACCUGCAUGGCCGAGGGCAGCUGGCCGCUGGAAUUCAAGUGGAUCUAUAAUGGGACCGAGAUCACUCCAUUCUCCUUGGAAUACAGGUACCUGAUCCCCUCGCUGGACCGAUCGCACGCUGGCCACUACCGCUGCAUCGUCAGGAACCGAGUGGGCGCUAUAAUGCAGUGCAGCACCGAAGUUCAGGUUGCCUAUAUGGGUGGUUUUGUGGAGGGUGAAAGGUCUCAAACUGUAUCCCAAGGUGAGGGUGCUCUCAUCCACGCGCCUCGAAUCCACAGCUUCCCCAGGCCACAGAUCACGUGGUUCCGAGACGGGCGUAAGAUCCCCUCCAGCAGCCGUAUAGCCAUCACCCUGGAUAACACGCUGGUCAUCUUGUCCACCGUGGCCCCCGAUACAGGACGCUAUUAUGCCCAAGCCGUCAAUGACAAAAAUGGGGAGAACAAGACCAGUCAGCCCAUUACACUCACAGUAGAGAAUGUGGGAGGGCCCGCGGACCCCAUCGCGCCCUCCAUCAUCGUCCCCCCCAGGAACACCAGCGUCACGGUGGGCCGAAACGAGGCCGUCAUGGAGUGCGUCGCCAACGCCAGACCGCUCGUCAAAAUGAGUAUAACAUGGAGGAAAGACGGCGCGGUGGUCAACGCGGGGAUCCGAGACUUUGGCCGCCGGUUGGUGAUCAGCUUGCCGGCGGUGGGGGAUAGCGGCUACUAUGAGUGCGAGGCAUCGCUCCGCAGCAGCAGCAUCCCUUCAGUCACUGCUGGGGCCUUCCUGCAUGUUCUGGAAUAUCCUCUGUUUGUGAAGGAGCCACCGAGCCACAUUAGCGCAGAGAUGGAGAAGGUGGUGGACAUUCCCUGUCAGGCACGAGGCACGCCGCAGCCAGACAUCGUGUGGUACAAAGACGCGGUGCCCAUCAGCCCGGUGAAGAUCCCCAGGUACAGGGUGCUGGUGGGAGGCAGUCUGCAGAUCAACGGCCUCCUGCCGGACGACACUGGGAUGUUCCAGUGCUUCGCCCGCAACCUCGCCGGAGAGAUCCAGACCAACACCUACCUAGCCGUCACUAGUAUCGCUCCCAACAUCACCGCUGGCCCCUCCGAUAGCGCCGUGAUUGACGGCAUGUCGGUAAUUUUGCAUUGCGAGACCUCGGGAGCCCCAAGGCCAGCCAUCACUUGGCAGAAAGGGGAACGCGUCUUGGCCAGUGGCUCGGUCCAGCUGCCCAGGUUCACCCUGCUGGAGUCCGGCAGCCUGCUGAUCAGCCCCUCCCACCUGUCUGACGCCGGCACCUACACCUGCAUGGCCAGCAACUCCAGGGGCAUCGACGAGGCGUCGGCCGAUUUGGUGGUGUGGGCGCGGACUCGCAUCACGAAACCACCGCAAGACCAGAGCGUCAUAAAAGGCACCAAGGCCGUGAUGACCUGUGGUGUGACCCACGACCCCAGCGUGACUGUCAGGUACGUGUGGGAGAAGAGCGGCUCGGUGAUCGACGUGAACACGUCGCCGCGCCUGCGGCUGGACCCCGACGGGACGCUGCACAUCUCCCAGACGUGGUCGGGCGACAUCGGCACGUACGCCUGCAGGGUGACCUCCGUGGGCGGCAACGACUCCCGCAGCGCCCACCUCAGAGUCAGGCAACUGCCCCACGCCCCAGAAAACCCAAUAGCGGUGCUGAGUGUCACAGAGAGGAGGGCCAUCAACCUGACGUGGGCCCAGGCCUUCGACGGCAACAGCCCCCUCAUCCGAUACAUCCUGGAGGUUUCAGAAAACAACGCCCCUUGGACGGUGUUGCUGGCCAACAUUGAGCCAGAGUCCACCGGGGUUAGCGUCGGUGGCCUCAUCCCGGCCCGCUCGUACCAGUUUCGGCUGUGCGCUGUCAACGACGUGGGUCGAGGCCAGUUCAGCAAAGAGACGGAGCGAAUAACUCUCCCCGAGGAGCCUCCCAGCGCCCCCCCCCAAACGGUCAUCGCCAGCGGCCGCACCAAUCAGUCCAUUAUGAUCCAAUGGCAGCCGCCGCCGGAGAGCCACCAGAACGGCCCACUCCAGGGCUACAUCAUCAGGUACUGUCUGUCUGGGCUUCCAGUAGACUGUCAGAUGAAGAAUAUCACCAGUCCCGACCAGACCAGUCUGCUUCUGGAGGACCUCAUCAUCUGGACCAACUAUGAGAUUGAAGUGGCCGCGUAUAACGGAGCGGGCAGAGGCACCUUCAGUCACAGAGUCACUGAGUGGACGCUGCAAGGAGUGCCCACCGUGCCACCAGGAAAUGUACAAGCCGAGCCUGUCAACUCCACCACAGUGCGUUUUACUUGGAGUGCCCCGAGCCCUCAGUUUAUCAAUGGAAUCAACCAAGGAUACAAGCUGUUGGCAUGGGAAUCAGGUCGCGCAAACGAGGUCACCGUGGUCACGGUGCGUCCCAACUUCCAGGACGGCGUUCACGUCGGCUACAUCUCCGGCCUGAAGAAGUUCGCCGAGUACUACACGUCGGUGCUGUGUUUCACGACCCCGGGAGACGGGCCCCGUAGCCCAGCCCAGCGGAUACGCACCCACGAGGACACCCCUGGUGCUGUGGGACACCUUAGUUUCACUGACAUAUUGGACACCUCGCUAAAAGUGAGCUGGAAGGAGCCACAGGAGAAAAACGGCGUCCUCACAGGCUAUCGCAUCUCCUGGGAGGAGUUCAACAGGACCAAUACUCGGGUGACCCAUUAUUUGCCCAACCUGACUCAGGAAUACAAGGUGACGGGGCUCACUGCCCUCACCACGUACACUAUCCAGGUAGCAGCCAUGACCUCCAAGGGCCAGGGCCAGAUGUCUGCUUCCACCAUUUCGUCCGGUGUUCCACCUGAGUUGCCCGGCCCCCCCACCAAUUUAGCCAUCUCCAACAUCGGGCCUCGCUCCGUCAACCUGCAGUUCAAGCCCGGCUACGACGGCAAGACGUCUAUUUCCCGCUGGCAGGUCGAAGCCCAGAUCGGUAUAAUAGGAGACAAUGAAGAGUGGUUGAUGGUUCAUCAGCUGCCUAAUGAGCCUGAUGCCAGAUCACUGGAGGUGCUGGAACUGAACCCCUAUACCUUCUACAGGUUUCGGAUGCGCCAGGUAAACAUUGUGGGCACCAGUCCACCCAGUCAGCCCUCCAGGAAGAUCCAGACCCUUCAGGCCCCUCCAGACAUCUCCCCUGCAAAUGUCACACUGCGCACGGCCAGUGAGACCAGCCUCUGGCUUCGCUGGGUGCCUCUUCCAGAGUGGGAGUACAAUGGGAAUCCAGAUCUGGUUGGUUACCGGGUCCAGUACGCCAAAGCAGGGUCCAAGGGGGGGGUCCUCUCGCAUGUCAUCAUGGACCGCCUGGAGAGGGAGUUCACCAUCGAGGACCUGGAGGAGUGGACGGAGUACGAGGUCCGGGUUCAGGCCAUCAACGGCAUCGGCUCUGGGCCUUGGGGCCAGCCUGUCCACGGAAGAACCAGGGAGUCCGUGCCUUCCAGCGGCCCCACUAACGUCUCGGCCUUCGCCACCACCUCCAGCAGCAUCCUGGUGCGGUGGGGGGAGGUCCCCGAGGCUGACCGCAAUGGGCUCAUCCUGGGCUAUAAGGUCGUGUAUAAAGAGAAGGACUCGGACUCGGACCCGGACUUCUGGCCAGUGGAGGGCAACACCAGCCACAGCGUCCAGCUGAACGGUCUGGGAAAGUACGUGCUGUACGAGAUCCAGGUCCUGGCCUUCACACGCGUUGGAGACGGGAGGAGCAGCUCGCCGUCCAUUCUGGAGCGGACCCUGGACGAUGUGCCGGGUCCUCCGGUCGGCAUCCUCUUCCCAGAAGUCCGAACCGCCUCGGUCAGGCUCAUCUGGCAGCCGCCCGCGCAGCCGAACGGCAUCAUACUCGCCUAUCAGAUCACCUACAGACGGAACUCUUCGAGCAGCAACGCCGCCACCGUCGACGUCCUGAGUCCCAGCGCGCGGCAGUACACGGCCGCGGGCCUGAAGCCAGAGAUGGUCUACGUUUUCCGGCUCACGGCUCAGACGAGGAAGGGUUGGGGCGAGGCCGCCGAGGUCUUUGUCGUCACCACAGAAAAGAGAGCUCGACCCCAGCCCACGAGUCGUCCCGUAGUGCCUCAAGAGGAAGUCCAGGCUCGCAGAGUGCUGUUGUCAUGGGAACCAGGCAGCGACGGCCUGUCCCCCGUUCGUUACUACACGGUCCAAUACAGAGAGCUGCCAGACAGCAACUGGACGGUCCACUCUGCGUCAGUCAGCCACGAGACGCACUCCUACAUCGUGGACAGGUUAAAGCCCUUCACUUCCUACCAGUUUCGCAUCAAAGCCACCAAUGACAUUGGCGACAGUGAAUACAGUCAGGAGAGUGAAGCCAUCACUACGCUACAAGACGCCCCGGACAAAGCGCCGACCAUCCUGUCGGUCACGCCUCACACCACCACGUCUGUCCUGGUCCGCUGGCAGCCUCCCUCUGAGGAUCACAUAAACGGAGUGCUGUUGGGAUUCAGGGUCCGGUAUCGAGAGUUGCACUACGAUCGCCUACGCAGCUUCACAGUCCGCACCGUUAACAGCCCCUCCGCCAAUUGGGCCGAUCUCACCGCUCCGUACAGCAUCAGGAACCUGAGCGAGUCGUCGCUCACCCAGUACGAACUAGAGAAUUUGAGUAAACACAAGCGCUACGAGAUCCGACUGAGUGUUUAUAACGCUGUGGGGGAGGGACCUAGCAGUGCACCACAGGAAGUGUUUGUCGGGGAGGCGGUGCCAACAGCCCCUCCACAAAACGUGGUGAUCCAGGCCUCAACAGCCACACAGCUCGAUGUGGUGUGGGAGCCUCCUCCUCUGGACGCCCAGAAUGGAGACAUACAGGGCUACAAGGUCUAUUUCUGGGAGUUUCAGCUGCAGAAUGAGACGGAGCGUCUGCGCACGCUGUUCCUGCCGGAGCUCGGGGUGAAGCUGAAGAACCUGACGGGCUACACCACCUACAUGAUUAGCGUGGCGGCCUUUAACGCUGCGGGGGACGGGCCCCGCUCCCUGCCCACCAGAGGGCGCACUCAGCAAGCAGCGCCCAGUGCGCCCAGCUUCAUCCACUUCAGCGAGCUCACUACCACUUCGGUCAACGUGUCCUGGGGAGAGCCCAAGCAGGCCAACGGCAUCAUUGAGGGCUACCGCCUGGUUUACGAGCCCUGCACUGCAGUCGAUGACUCCUCUCCUCGCACUCCAGGUGUCAGUAAGAUAGUGACAGUAGAUGUGAAGGGCAGCGCUCCACUGUGGAUGAAGAUCAAAGAUCUGGCCGACGGCGUCACCUAUAACUUCCGCAUCCGGGCCAAAACUGUAACCUAUGGCCCUGAGGUGGAAGCUAACAUCACUACUGGGCCUGGUGAAGGAGCCCCGGGGCCACCCGGAGAGCCCUUCAUAUCUCGUUACGGCACUGCACUCACACUGCACUGGACGAGCGGCGACCAAGGCCGUGCACCAAUCACGCGAUACGUCAUUGAGGCCCGACCGUCUGAUGAAGGCUUGUGGGAUAUCCUGAUCAAAGACAUCCCUAAGGAAGUGACAUCCUACACACUCAAUCUGGAAAUGCUGCGAGAAGGAGUCACCUAUGACUUUCGCGUGAUCGCGGUUAACGAUUACGGCUACGGGUCCCCGAGCAUCCCCUCCCCCUCUAUAUCAGCCCAAAAGGUCUCACCGUUCUACGAGGAGUGGUGGUUUCUGGUUGUGAUUGCCCUGGUGGGGCUCAUCUUCAUCCUCCUCCUCGUUUUCAUCCUCAUCAUCCGAGGCCAAAGUAAAAAAUACACCAAAAAGGCCGAUUCAGUGUCGUCCUCCUACCCCUGUCCAGGCAACCACUCCAACUGCACGGCGCUGCCUCUGAGCCACGGAGAGAUGGUUCGCCUGGACGAGGGACGCUUCCCGGCCCUGGAGCUCAACAACCGGCGCCUCUCCGUGAAAAACUCCUUCUGCCGCAAGAACGGCAUCUACACACGGUCUCCGCCGAGGCCCAGUCCCGGAAGUCUGCACUACUCAGAUGAGGAUGUCAGCACUAAGUACAACGACCUGAUCCCGGCGGAGAGCAGCAGCUUGACAGAGAAACCCUCCGAGAUCUCUGACUCGCAGGGCAGCGACAGCGAGUACGAGGUGGAUCAGAGCCGGCAGAAGACCCACUCCUUCGUCAACCACUACAUCAGCGACCCCACCUACUACAACUCGUGGCGGCGGCAGCAGAAGGGCGUGUCGCGCCCGCCGGCGUACGGCUACUCGCAGCCCGCCGAGCCGCUGGUGGAGCAGGAGCCGCGGCCGCACCCCCCGCCCGUGCCCCCGCUGCCCCCGCUGCUGCCGCAGAGCGCCCCGGCCCCGUCCCCGCAGCCCCAGGGCCACGGCACGCUGUUCAGGCCCAAGGGAAGCCGGACUCCCCACCCCCUCCCUGCUGUCCUCCGACCCCCCCGCACAGCACGGCGCCCUGUACCGGCCCCCCAGCAGCCUGGGCUGCGCCGCCCAGGCGCCCACCGCGGGCUUCUCCUCCUUCGUUUGACAGACAGCUUUGUUUCCAAUAACAACCGGACCCUGAGGACGUCUUUGAUUUCUGUUGUUGUUGGUUUAUUUGUAUUUCGCUUUUUUUUUUUUCCUUUUUGGAUCUUUCUCUCGUUCUGUCCCACCGACAGAGUUGUUGCUCAAUAUUAAGCAUCGCAGGCAUCUUGAAUAGCGCUUUCUCCUCUGUGAAGAGUGUGUGUGGAUGAGUGUGUGCAGCACGUGUGGCUGGAUAAUCCAUGUGAUGUGUAUUUUAAGAAAAAGACAAUCAUUUGAAAGUUUUUAUGGGUUGCUUAUGUAAACUGUAAACAUGUGAACAAGGAACAAAAAAAAGAAAUCCCUGUUUUAAAAAUACUGUAUAAUUGUUUCAUAUGAAAAGCUUUACAGAAAACAACCACCGUAGGACCAUAUGGAGUAUGGACCACUCGGACGAUGUAAAAGAAAACAGCUCCGCUGGCUGAUGACGUGAACAGUCCCUGGAGCUGCUCACUCUGCACCGCGUGUUCACUGUUUGUACAUGUCUCAUACUGUUCCCCAGAUAUUUAUAUCGAUCCGCUUCGAGCUCUGCGUCUCCAGAGCGUCACCAGUGACGAUGUUCUGAAUCACAUUAAAGCGUAGUGGCACCUUCAGAGCCGUCUGGAGCGCGUGUUGAGGUCUGUGCUGGUGCUCACGGCGGUGGAUGCACAGGCGAAUGGGACGACGCCUUUCUCAAAGGGGCACCCGUUCGCUCUCAUGUUAAUCAGGACCAGCUCAAAUCCGCGCCGGCUACAGACUGACGGCACUUCAAGGACGCAAAUGUGUUUCUGCGACAGACGGCAUGAAACACUUUCCACCCGGUACCGAUCUAAACGAGAAUGCUUGUAUUGUGUACUUUAAAAUCCUCACUUUAGCUCACGAGGCUGGAGAAGAGCUCUGCUUAUCGUGUAUGUAUGUUUAUUUAAUGCCGAUUGUUAUUUAGGGCCGUUAUCAGACAUGUGCCCCAACAAUAUGUGUGACAUGGCAUUGAUAUGAUGGCCGACGACGUGUUUUAUGCUCACAGUGUACAUAUGUGACGUUGAGAUGUUUUAUACGACACUUUAAAAAGGCUGGUUCUUUGCUGUGCCAGAGUUGGACCCAACGUGUGCGGAAUCAGACAGUUCAGAAUCAUUCGGCAAACUCCCAAAAUGUGGACAUCGCUGUGUACAACGCGACCGAGGCGUCAUGAACAUAUACAUGGUCUUUAAAAUAAAUUACUCUAUUUUGCAAUGA